AGCAGCCAAGAUAAGACAUAAAAACAAGAGUUGCUGAAGCCUAAUAACACUACACAAGAGUUGCUGAAAUUGUUUACUAUGGAGCUUGCAGUACCCACCUUAUCAUUUCCCUCUUUUAAUAAAACUAUUAGGGUGUCAAAGCCUGAAGUUCAUACCAUACUCGAUCCCACUGCUUGGUCUUCAGUCGACUUAAAGUUACAAAAACAGAAGAGAAAACAAUCCACAGCACUCUCUGCUCUAGCAGAAUCAGCUGCUUCUGUGGCUAUUGCAGCUGCAGUUGUCGGUGCUGCAGCGACAAUUCUUGUUAGAAGAACCAAAUCUACUGAAACAGCUGAGAUUCAGUUGAAAACAUGUGAAGACUGUGAUGGUUCUGGUAUAUGUUCUGAAUGUAGAGGCGAAGGAUUCGUGUUGAAGAAACUGUCGGAUGAAAAUGCCGACAGAUUAAGGUUGAACGCGAAGAAUAUGGCCACUCGAUACACAGCAGCGCUUCCGAAGAAGUGGAGUUACUGUACGAAGUGCUCGUCGUCUCGAUCCUGUACAACGUGCGACGGCCGUGGAAAGUUAAGCUGCUAGUUUUGCUGUAAUCAUUUCUUUAUUAGUCCUUCUCACUGCUACAUUUACGAGGGACUGCAUGAGCUUGCAGUUGAAGGUGAGUUUUUUCUUAUCCUUUAGUUAAAUGGGAAAUGCUGUAUAUAACUUCUGUAAAUGAUACAUUUCAUAGCAAUAUUGCUUGAGUUUAAUGAUUUAUGUACUGCUUUAUCUCAAUCAAACAUGUUCUUUCUCCUGUUCUUUUA